CGGUGGUAUUGGAUCUGGGGGCCCUGGUGGGUUUGGGGGUCCAGGUUACGGGGGCCCCGAUGGCUUUGGUGGACCUGGUGGAUUUGGAGGUCCAGGCGGCCCGGGUCUAGGACCGGGGUAUGGUGGACCCCCUCAAUACCCGGGAUUCCGUCCUCCUCUUGGACCGUACCCUCCUCCAGGGUUUGGAGCACAUCCCAUGACGUUCUUAGGAGCUUUGUCGACCAUCGCUCGCUAUGAUGACCUUCGCUGCGUGCCCAGACUGCUCUGUGAGGUCACUGCUGGUGGCAGGCCUGGCUACUCCAGUAAUCAAGCCUCUCCUGUUCCAUUUGUCUCAAAGGACGCUCUUGUCUCGUUGCUGACCGUGCUGAACUUCGUGGACGACCUGCCGUUGCUGACUUUCGGCCGGGCCGCGCUGCUGGGCUACACGUCGCGCGGCGAUUCCCGCACCUGUCUGGCCGCGUACCCGACGUGCCCGCGCGACCCCGACCAGCUUAUCAACUACCUCAACAACCACAACGGCGGCUUCUUCCGCUUCUUCAACCAACAACUCAACGCUUACCUACCUCAAUACGCACCCGCCCAGGGCUACUACCGAGACCAAACGCCCAACGCCGAGUCACCAAUCACCAAUUCCAAGUCACUAGUUUCUGAAUCCCAGUCAAGAGUUGUCAACUCCAAGUCACCGGUCAAUUCUCAGUCAUUGGUUGCUGAUUCCAAGUCAAAGGUCAACUUCCAGUCCCCGGUUGCUGAUUCCAAGUCGAAGGUCAACUUCCAGUCACCAGUUGCCGCUUCCAAGUCGCCGGUUGGUGAUUCCCAGUCACUGGUUGCUGAUUUCCGAGCGAAAGAGACCCGGUUCUUCGGGGACCCCAAAGAUGGCGGGCGGGAGGAAAAAUCGCGCUACGCAGACUUGUCCAUCGAGAUGGAGGCGUCACCGGGGGGUGACAAAAUCCGAUUUGCAGACGGGGAUCGCAACCAUGGCGAAGAACCGCGGAUAGUCGCCGGCGGUGGUGGGGUUGGUGGUGGCCCUUUGCUGACCUUGGACUAUUCCGACUCCGAUUAUGACUACAGUUCAAAUCGGGGUGGGAAAAAGCUCGUCUUUUCUGGUUCCAAGGAGUCGGGAGAGGCGUGGAAGUUCCCAACAUCGUCGUCUUCGUCGUCGUUGCCAACGCGGCGCCCGAAGAAACUCUCCGGGGGCUUCGCGUUCCCGGACAACGACGGCGAGAGCUCCGAGGUGAAGUUGCGGCCGAUGGUGUUCCCGACGGAUGACGUCAUGCAUACGGCGAGUUCGCCGCCCGAGUUCGUCGACAGCCAGGGGCGCCCCAUCCCCGAGUUCGUGAACAGCCAGGGGCCCCCCAUUCCGGAGUUUGUGGACAGUCAGGGGCGCCCUGUCCCACCGCCGCCGUCGAUGGACAGGCCGCACUAUUCGCCCUACUCGGAUUAUGUAUUUCGCCCGGAUCGAUUCUCCAAGUUCACCUCCUUCGACUAUGAUACCGGCGGUUUCGGCUCUUUCGAUAAGAUGUUCGGCCGGGAGCAGGUGCGCUUUCUGUGA